AUGAAUCAAAGUAAUGAUAAUAUAAAACAUAAUACAAGACUUGGAAGUCGUAAAACACAAGACAUAAGUGUCACGAUUGAUGUGAAUGAUGUGUUUGAAGAAGUGGUUAAACAAAAUGAAAGACUUGUCAAAGAAAUUGAAUUUUAUGAAGAAGUGGUCAACGAUUUGAUAAUAAAUGUUAAGACAUGUAUUGUUUGCCAACAAAAUGAUGUCAUAGAAGACAGAAUCAAUCGAUUGGAGACACAUUUGAAGAGUAAGACGAUAAUAGAUAAUUUAGUUGUAGUUAAGAGUGAAUACAAUGACUGCGAUAAAAAAUUGGAGACAAAUGUUAAGACAAAUAAAUUACAAAAAUCAAAGAAAACAAAUAAAAGAUGUGUUAAAGAGGUUACAGAUUCUGAUAAUUAUAAUACAUAUGAGACCAAUGAUAACAAAGAUUUAGAUAAUAGUUGGACAACAAAUGUUAAGACAAAUACAUUGAAGAAAACUAAGAAAAAUUUAAAUAUUGCAUUCAAAAGAAAUGAAAAAAUCAUUUUAAGAGAUGUCGAUGAAGUAACAGAUGGUGACAGCAAUAGACAGACAGUUAAAAGUGGUAAACAUAUGAAAUCAUAUAGUGAUGAGUAUGCAAAACAAAGGCAACAAUUAAGAGAUGAUACACUUACUAGUGAUGGCAGCUAUCAGUGCCAGACAUGUGAAUAUAAAAGCAUUAAAUUUCCAGAUUUUGAGGCACACGUCAACCGAUAUCACCUCAAGAUUAAGCCAUACAAGUGUAACAUCUGUGGCGAGCAUUAUGUCGGUUAUGACGCUUUAAGACGACAUAGUCGUAGACAUUAUACUGUGGGUGAAGGUAUGGAUCAAUUAAGUGAUCGACGAAAAUCUCAAAUCGCCAAAACUCUAUCGAAAUUUCAAUGUAAAUAUUGUCAAAUGUUUAUCCAUUGCGAGACAGCUCUCAAUCGACACGUGUUGCGCGUCCAUAAAAACGUGAAACCGUCUAAGACUAUACCGUGUGAUAUGUGCGAUAAGUUUUAUUGUAAUAGACAUUCACUAGCAUUACAUAAACGUUUACAUCACGGCAUCGGACGGUCAGUUCCGUAUCAUUAUUGCGAUUGGAAGGGCUGUCAGUAUAAAUCGCUAAAUAUUUCAGUUUUAACAGUGCAUAAAAAAAGGCAUUUAGGUAUCCGUGACUAUGUGUGUGAUUGGCCCGGAUGUGAGUAUCGGACGAUCAACAAAAAUACUCUAAACACACAUCAAAUCAUUCACAGCAAUAAAUAUGACUACCGGUGCCAAUGGCCUGGUUGUGAUUUUUGUACUAAACAAGAAAAACUAUUGAAACAACACAUAAAUAGAGUCCAUGAGGACAUACCCCGAACACUGUCGUGUCAUUGGCCCGGAUGUGACAAAAUGUUUAGAUUUAGUAAUGAUUUGAAAAAACAUAUGAAACUACAUAACGAUCCACACCUGCCCUGUCCUCAGUGUAACAAAUUGUUUAAAUCUAAACAAUAUUUGGAUUUUCAUAUGCAAUCACAUACGGGUUGGCGACGUGUCUCGUGUCCGGUAAAUGGAUGUAAUACACGGAUAUCGAGCAAAAGUAAUGUUAAAUCUCAUCUGAGAGUACAUCAUAAAGAUUGGUCGGGAAAUAAGUAA